AUGUCUGGGGAGUCCUCCAAUCCGGUCAAGGGCGAUCCAAAGGAACCCACUGGGACAUCGGAGAAAAGAAAUGCUUUUACCGAACUCCUAGCUCCCAAAACAAAGCAACCAAAGCACGCGGCCAAAGCUCCAUCUGAUCGCAAUGCGGCCAAGGGCAGAACUGCCUUUGGUGUUCGAGAUGGACUCGGUAUCUACAUCGCAAAGCCGGAAACAUAUGGCUCCGAUGUUGUAGUUUACCACAAUGAAGACUUUGUGGCAAUCCACGACAUGUUCCCAAAGUCAUCGCUACACCUCCUCCUUCUUCCCCGCGACCAGAGCAAAACGCGCCUGCACCCAUUCGAUGCCUUCGAAGACACCGAGUUUCUGGCGAAGGUAAAGGCUGAAACGCGCAAAUUGCGUACUCUGGCAGCGGGUGAGCUGCGACGCAAAUAUGGGAAGGACUCUGCGCAAGAGCAAGCGAGACAAACGGCACUGAGUGCUAAUCCGCCGCCCGACGAACUACCACAGGGUCGGGAUUGGGAACGGGAAAUUGUGGUCGGGGUGCAUGCAGUACCUUCGAUGAACCACUUGCAUGUCCAUGUAUUAUCCGUGGAUAGAUAUAGCGACCGCCUCAAGCACAGGAAACACUACAAUAGCUUUUCGACGCCGUUUUUCGUGCCAAUUGAGGACUUCCCGCUGGCAGAAGAUGACGUACGACGCAAUCCGACAGGAGAGGGGUAUCUGAAGCGAGACUUUGCCUGUUGGCGUUGUGGCAAAGCUUUUGGAAAUCGCUUUGUGGAAUUGAAACAGCAUCUAGAGCAGGAGUUUGGAGAAUGGAAGAAACAGUGA